CAUAAAACACUGCAGACGUUAAGGGGACAAGUCCAGAGGAAGCUUCAUGUUGGUCCUUCAUGUUUGAGUCUUGUUCUCUUCCUCCAUGCAGUGCAGCAGAGUGGAGUCAGGCACUGUUACAACGCAUCAAGGCAGAACCUCUACAUCACCAAGGACACCAAGGUCAUCUGCCAAGGGUUCACCGGGAAGCAGGGAACCUUCCACAGUCAGCAGUCUCUGGACUAUGGCUCCCGGUUAGUUGGCGGUGUUUCUCCCGGGAAGGGAGGGAAGACGCACCUCGGCCUGCCGGUCUUCAACUCGGUGAAGGAGGCAAAGAACGGCACCGGGGCCGACGCCACGGUGAUCUACGUCCCGCCUCCGUUUGCCGCGGCGGCCAUCAUGGAGGCCAUCGAUGCCGAGAUCCCCCUGGUGGUCUGCAUCACCGAGGGCAUCCCCCAGCAGGACAUGGUGCGGGUCAAACACAGGCUGCUGCGCCAGGGCGCCACGCGCCUCAUCGGGCCCAACUGCCCCGGGGUCAUCAAUCCGGGAGAAUGCAAGAUUGGGAUCAUGCCGGGCCACAUCCACAAGAAGGGGAGGAUUGGCAUCGUGUCGAGGUCGGGCACCCUGACGUACGAAGCCGUGCACCAGACGACACAAGUGGGCCUGGGCCAGUCGCUGUGCAUCGGCAUCGGGGGGGAUCCCUUCAACGGAACCAACUUCAUCGACUGUCUGGAGGUCUUCCUCAGGGACCCCAAGACCGACGGCAUCAUCCUGAUCGGAGAGAUCGGUGGCAACGCCGAGGAGAUGGCAGCAGAUUACCUGAAGCAGCACAACUCUGGUGCUGGUUCCAAACCCGUGGUGUCCUUCAUCGCCGGGCUGACGGCCCCCCCCGGCCGGAGGAUGGGCCACGCCGGCGCCAUCAUCGCUGGAGGAAAGGGCGGAGCCAAAGAAAAGAUCGCCGCCCUCCAGUCAGCCGGAGUGGUGGUCAGCAUGUCUCCUGCUCAGCUGGGCAGCACCAUCUUCAAGGAGUUUGAGAAGAGGAAGAUGUUGUAAAACCUCUCCACCCACCGGAACUGAGACGAGCCUGAUUCUGGUGGAGCAUCUGAACCAUCUGAACCAUCUGAACCUGACCAUCUCCAGCGCUGUGCAGUGUUGGUCUUUACCGCAACAAAAGGAGCGUAGAGUCCGACAGAAGUCAUUGUAUGCGCUGGUAAAGCUUUAAGAUAUUGUCCACAUGUAGCUGAAGGUAACCACGGUAACGGUUCGCUGCUCCUCCUGCUUGUUAACAUUUCUUUGGCUGUCCACCUGAAUAACAACUAUUUCUCACAUCGUU